GGUUAGUCUCACGUGACAAUAAAGACCAUUGAAUAUAAGUACGUCCCCCUGGAGAUCUGAUAUUACACCUCAUCCUUAAUUCUCGUAUCCUCCUACACACUAAAGAGUGCGAUAGAUAUUUCCCGCACUGUGAGACCGUGGACAUUUGGCUCAGCUGCGUGAAGAAUACUCGAAACAAUGAACCUCCGAAUUGAGACACUGGAUCUGUAACUCUCAGCCGCCUUAGUCCUGCUCGCCUCGCCACUGCCGCGUGUUUACGUCAAGACAGCGGGCCGCGUACUAGUUUCCUCAGUACUUUUGCGUCCGUAUCAAUACCGUGUGCUGUAAACUGAACGAAGAGACUCAUUCAGUUUUUGGUCGGCUCUCCAUUAUCUCGUGGUGACGUAAAGGUGACGGCAAGUGUGUUAGUUUCCCCGGUAAUUGUGCCUCCGUAACAUUACUGUGUGCCGCGGUCGUGAGAACUGCGAGGCGGCGGUGCAGACUGUGCUGUGGAGAGCCGCGGGGUGUUGGAAACGCUUGUCAGUCUCUUUAAAGGCGUCAUAUUCCCUCCCUGCUCUUCCCCGUAUCUUCCUGUCGAUGCUGGUUACGUCAGAGCAGCCCAGGCCCUUAUCCAGCCAAGGCGUCCAACCGACCUAACAACAUGGAGGAAUUGCGUAAGGUAAUAAGACCCAAGCCAACAGCGGAACUGGUCACUGCUGUGUGGAAAGGAGACGAAACAGGAAUGAGGUCGGCCCUCGCCAGGGGUGCUCCCCCUGAGAUCACCAUCCCCACAACUGCUGGGACGUCUGUGAGUCUGGUGAAUCUGGCUGCCAGGAUGGGCCAUGACCAUUUGCUGCCUCGCUUACUGCAGGCAGGGCUGAGUAUAGAAGGUGGAGGUACCGAUGAAUGGACACCGCUAAUGGAAGCUGCCGUGAAGGGUCGCAUCCAGACAGUGAAGGCAUUACUGACCCUUGGCGCUAACCCUUUAGCGACGGAUAGUGAAGAAAAGACAGCCCUCCAUCAUGCUGCAGCGAGGGGCCACCAGCAGUGUGUGGCGGUCCUUAUGGCUGUCACCCCUCCCACUCCCGCACACCUCGAGGCAUACACCCCGGUGCACGCCGCCAGUCACCGUGGCCACGUGGAUGUACUGGAGCAGCUGGCGGCUGCUGGCUGGUCCCUCACUGCCAGAGACAGUCAUGGCUUGACACCUCUGCACUGUGCUGCUGCGGGGGUAUAUGUAGAAGUUGUGCAGUGGCUGGUGCAGCGAGGUGGUGACCCGCGUAUGCAAUCCAAGGGUGGAAGGACCCCGAUGGACAUGGCCGUGCAGUUUGGCCGCCACGAGGUGGAGACCUGGCUAGCCAAGAAUGGUGGAAGUGUUGUAAGGAGUGAGGAUCGGCGUGUGGAGGAAGUGAGGAUUUGGCAGGGCAGACAUGAACGCCAACACAACGCAGUCUUGUCCUGGCUGGUGGCAGGCAACGAGACAGCCAUCAUGGCCAACAUCCCCGAGCCCUGGGACGGUCACUCGCUGAGCAAGGAAGGCCUGACGCCCCUCCACGCCGCGGCACUGUGCGGGGCUCCCAGUGAUGCCGUGGAGGCUUUGCUGGGACGUGGAGUGAGCCCUCAUGUGAUCACCCCUGACAAUAUGACCCCUGCUGACCUGGCACGGCAGGAAGGCCAUGACCCAGUGAUCAAGGGACUACAAUACCAUCAUUGUGAACAGAGCGGCGUAUCCCCUGAACACCUGUACGAAAAGCUACUCUUAACAGUAUGUCGCGGGGACGACGUGCAGGUGGUGUCCAGCCUCCUGUGUAAGGGCGUCCCCAUAGAGUCCCUGGGUGGCCGCUCCGUUCUCAGACUGGCUGUCACCACCGACCGCGCACGCACCGUCAGCCUGCUGCUGGCGAGCGGCGCAUCGCUGCCCGCCAGCCUGUUGCACCAGGCUUGGCAGAGCCCCGACGUGACCCACAGGGUGCUGGCCUGUCUCACCACCGCCUACUGCUGCCGUCUGCGUGCAGAGCAGCGUCGUCUGGAAAAGGUCAGCGGCGCCCUUGCCAAAGGCAUCAACAAUCUGGUGAAAACUAUGGAGGGAAAUACACCUUGGCAGGCUGCCUGGCGAUGGGGUAAGGACACUGAUCGGCCAGAACUGAGCGACCUCCUGGCAAAGGCCGCGGCUGCCAACUGCCCCGUGACUGCUGCCUUCCUGCAGAGUGCAGGAGCGUGGUCUUUCUUCACGGGAACUUCAGGUGGUAGUGCUCUCCACGCCGCCGUGGAGGCCGGCCAUCAGGGCAUGGCCGAGCUGCUUAUCAGGGACCUCGGAGGCUGUCCGUAUGUGCCGGACGCACACGGUCGCCUUCCAUUGCAUAUGAUGACAGACAAGGAGCGACAGAGGCUGGAGCAGAAGCUCUUUAGCGAGGAGCGUGAAAAACUGGAAAAUAUGGAACUUCACUUGAAGGCAGACCACGAGAAGACCGCGGCACGGACAGCGCUAUGUAUACAGAAGGUUCUUUUUCAGAGCCACAAGAAGGGCGAAGGUAAGGAUAUCUCUUUACCUGAUGGCCGCGCCGUCCUACUGCUGGCCUCGCGCAAAGGUCUUCUGCAGGUAGCUCAUCUUAUACUGCAUGAGGGUCGUUUUCCCGUGGACGAGGUGCUGGACCACACCUGCGGCACCACCGCCCUCCACCAGGCGGCCUCUCACGGUCAGGACGGCUGCGUGGCGCUGUUGCUGAGCGCCGGCGCAGACACACACCAGCGCGACACCUACGGCCAGACGCCUCGCCACCUGGCUGCCAUGUUUGGCCACAAAAGUACUUUUGAACUCUUGGCGCACCAUGAGAUGCAGGACUCUCCUUGCCGCGCGGGCACCAUCCCCACACAGGUGAAAGAACAUUUUAAAGUCUUUCACAGUAUGUAUUAUAAAUAUAAGCGCAAUCUAUUAAAGCCACUCGACCGUCAUGACCCCGAAAGCGUCAUAAAAAAUCUUGUGAAAUCCAUAGGCCUGCCAGGACUGCAGGAGGAAGCUAAGCGGGUAGCUGUUGAUCUAUCCAAGGGCGAGGCUCUUGAGGUAAAGGAGGCGGUCAUGACGGAAAUAAGCAUCAUUAUGAAUAAGGUGUCAGCCGUUGAUCCCACCUACCGCGGCGACCUGAGGCUAGCGGGCAGUUCUCGGGAUGGCUCUAAGCUGUACGCUCCCGACGAAUUUGAUAUAAAUCUCGUGAUUCACGAGGAUGACGUAGGAGUAAAUGUUAGUAAGAGAGGGAAGGAGGAAGCCCCGCUGAAGGGUAAGUUAAAAAUAUCUAUAAAGACUGACAACCCCCACCUUGAGGGGAAUAGAUUUAUGGCCAGUCUGUAUGAUGAGGUGUACCGCUGCCUCGCUGGCCAUACUCUGCAGGACGAAAGACUGAGCCUCGUGCCACCAGGCCUUACAAGCACGCAGGUGGGCGUGGCACUCUCCCUGGCAUGGCAGGGGCGGGAGUAUCCACUGUUGCUAGUCGGCGUGGACCUGGUGCCAGUGUUGGAGGUGCCGUGGCUGGAACAAGUCCCCAGACCACUUCUCACUCCCGAGGACACCACCACCAUGCAGCUCAGUAAUGCUGCGGACGGCACAUGGCGCUGCAGCUUUGCCUUGACAGAGGCAAAGGUGCUGGGUACGUUGACCCCCGCGGAGCGCCAGGUACAGCUGAUGGGAAAGGUACUUCUCUCCCGUCUCAAGGCAGAGCCCUGGAUGCCACGACACAAAAAGAGCUUUUUCAAAUGGUUUGCCACAAGAGAGUGGAACAUCUCGGUACCGAGCGGGUUCUGCUUCAAGAAUGCGCUCCUGCGGUGGCUGGAGCAUAGACGGUGGAAGGAGGUGGAGCUCGGGGCUGGACAAAAGGGGAACGUCAAGGAGUUGGGAACUGGGCAGAAGGGGGACCCCGUAAGGGAGUUGAGGGGUGGAGAAGAGGGGGACCACGUCAAGGAAUUGAGGGCUGAACAGGAGGGGAAUCACGCCAAGGAGUUGGGGAUUGGACAGGAGGGGGGCCACGCCAAGGAGUUGAGGACUGAAUGGGAGGGGGACCAGGGGGCCAGAUGGCUGGUGGAGGUGUUCAGACUGAUGUGUGCAAACCCAGAGGAAUCGCGAGAACACCUGGCUACUCAAAACAGCUCCGCCUACUUUGGAGGAGACUGUGAGGGGCGAAAGCCUGGGGACGGGGCGCCUUUCAUCGUACAGUGUCUGGAGGAGGACUUGGAAAAAUUGACGGCCUCAGCCAAGACAGUCAGGCCGCGGCGAAAGUAUUAGAUACAGAAGAUGCAGGUCCGUGUAAUCAUUGGCAGUAAGCUGUGCCACGCGUCAUAAGGCCCCCCAUGCACACAGGAACACAAGAGCUCGAUACCCGAUUUUUAAAUUCAAUAGUUUAUUUAGCCAGUUAGUUGUAAAACUGAUAUAAAGAAAAAUAUAGAUUUUCAUUAGACGAGAAUAGUGAGAGAGAGAGAGAGAGAGAGAGAGAGAGAGAGAGAGAGAGAGAGAGAGAGAGAGAGAGAGAGAGAGAGAGAGAGAGAGAAACUCUCUUAAUAUGCUCUCA